AUGAAUCCUCGAAAUGGCCAAAUUUCACGAGCAAUGAGAAAUCGUACAUUAGAAAUCCAAUUUUGUGUUGAGGCUUAUCAGGAAGAAUUUUUGAAUAAAAACAUUUAUGAUGCCCUUUCAAUUAUAUUUAAUCCAUGCAUUGAUUUUCAAGCUAAUCUUACGAAUUCAAAGCUUAUGAAAAAAGAACUAUUAAUUUGUUGUCUACCUCCAGAACAAUUGUUGAAAUGCGCAGCUCUUUUUUAUGCAAAAAUGAAAUCAAAUUCAGGAAUUGAGUUUAAUAAAAUUUUGAGUUUGUUUUUCGACGUACUGACAAAUCAAAAUAUUAGUAACUUUUAUUUUUUGAAUUUUGUUAAUUUAUCAUAUUUUUUAGAUUUAUUAUCAACAGAAUUACCAAUUCAUUGUUACUUUCCCUUACUGCGACCUUCUCUUCAAGGCGAUUUACUCUUUAAUAUCAUCAAUUAUUUUUGCCGUUGUUGGGCUGCAAUUUUUAACAAAUCAAUUCAUUUAAACAUUCCAAUAGAAUUAUUUAUACAAAUGGCUUUUGUUUUUCCUUUCGAACUUGUGUUAGACAACAAUCCUUUUAUUCUUGAUUGUCUUACUAAUAAUUUUAAUUCUCGUGAACUUGGUUUAUCAAUUACAAAAAUUUACGAUCAACUGAAAAUUUUUAUUUCAAGAAUUAUUAGUGAAAAUGACAAAGUUGUUAUUAUUGAUGAAAUUAUUCUUUCAACUUUUGAGAACUUUCAAUUUCAUUAUUGCCAAUGGAAUCAAUUACAAUCAAAUAUUACAAAUUCAACUUAUCUUGGAGAACAAUAUUUGUCUUCUUUACGUGUCUCUGCUUGUUUGUACAAGCCGUUUACUACUUAUGAUCAGAUCUGUUUGUGUCUAGAACGUUGGAAAUACGAAGAGAAUUUGCUAGUUAAUAGUUGCCAAAACAUAGAAGAAUCGAAAUCUAUAUUUGCUCCUUUAAAACAUCAUUUACUUGAAUUAUUAAACAAAAUUGGUUAUCUAUUUUGUAGCAAUUCAACUUCUACUUCUCUAUUUGAUUGGAUUAAUGCAGGAGGAAAUGAACGAUUAUUUUUAUUUUCUCGAUUUAUGAGUAACUCCAAUUUAAUGCAGGAAAUUAAUUUUAAUGCGCAGCCACUAUCUUUGUUUUCAUAUUUGAGCAGUAACGCAUUUAUUACACAUUCUGCCAAUUCAUCGUUGUGGUCUCGUCUUAAUUAUAACGAUAAUCUCCUGCUACAUGUUCGAGUCUGUGAAAUGUCUAAUGCUUUACAUCAAUUGGAACGGACUUCUGAACUUUUUUGGGAUAUUGUUUUUGCAUCAAAAUGUUUAAAUAAAACAAAUAGUAUUCUUUUAUCUGAAUGUGAAAAACAUUUUUCUAUUACAUCAGCUUCUAGCCUUGACCAAAAUUUUUCAAUAAAAUCAAUUUUAUUUAAAAUAAAUUCAUUGACUCCUCCCAAAGGAUUUCUUGAUCAUAUAUUUUAUAUUCACAAACAUAAGAAUUAUUUACAAAUUAAAAAUCAGUAUCUUGAACAUUAUUUUUGUGUUUUGAGAGAUUUUCUUCAAUUAACGAUUUCUAAAGAUUAUGAUAUAGAUCAAGUUUGUACAAUUUCUUCCAGUCAUUCAAAAUUCUUUGCUGCUUUUUCUGAUGUAAGACAAACAACAAUUUCCCAGAUUAAUAGUUUAGAAGAAGAUUUUUGUUUUUGGACUAAAAAUCAGGGUGUUUAUCGAAUCGAAAUGCUAGAGGCUGACGAAAUAACAUAUAAAAAAAAUUUCCAAGAGAAUAUUGUUUAUGAAUUAUAUAAUUGUACUACUGCUUUAAAUGAACUUUUCACUCCACACUUCUUGGAAGAUUUAGAUAAAUUACAAACAAUACUACACCAAAAUGAAAUUGAACGAUUUUGUUCUUUAUUAUUGAAUGCUUUUCAAACAGUUCAUGUUUUGAGAAAACGCUUAUAUUCUUUGUUUUGUUCUAAUUUUCCAACAAUUCUUUUUUUUCCGGAUAUGUUUAUUCCUUAUUUAUUUGCUCUCAACUGCCUUGUUAUUUCCUUAUCCGAACAACAUAAACGUGCAAAGGAAAGAUUAACUACUAUUAUUUGUUGUACUCAAAACAAGAAAGUUAAUGUUUUUCUGUCCCCAUUUGAAGAGUUACCCAAUGAGCAAAUUAAUUUAAACAUUCUACUUAAUCACUUACUGUCUGACGAUGUUAAUUUUUCUCCUCGUCAAAAACUUCCCAUCAUUCUCUGGAAUAUUAAUUAUAUCAAAAUAAACUUCAAAAAUUCUUUGUUUGAAAAAUGUCAAAUAAAGUUUUUGCAAUGGCUUUUUAAACAUUGGGAAUUGUGGCAUGAAAAAUAUGCAAAAGCUAAGAAAGAGCAACUUUAUAUCGUAAAGAAGAAGGUUAACAAUGAAGAUCUAUUAGACGAUGAUGGACAAAUUAUUAAUUCAAAUGAUGUUGAUGAAGAAGAGAUCGAUAACUAUUUGCCUGACUUUAGCUUAUCUACUGAAAACGAACCAACUACCAAGACACCAAUAUCCGAAGAAACUGAUUUAUCUCUUAACGGCGAUGAUAUUUAUUCAGCACUACAAACGAUGCUUUUAUCAUCUGAAAAUCCGAAGCUUCCAUUUCUCAAUUUUAUGUCCUUCUUGGCUGAUCCUAAUCAGGGCUUAUUUUAUCGCAAUUUAUCAUCAACAACAAAUGGAAAUUUUGCAUUCCAUCAUCUUUUACAACUCAACGAGCUAUGUCAAAAAUUGGGAAAACAACCUAAUGAAGGACGACGUCAAAUAAUUUCUAAAUGUCUUCCGCUAAAUGUGUAUAAGGAAUCUGAACCAAGCUCUCUUAUUCAAUGUUGUGAAUUGCUUGAACCACUUCGAAUAUCUGCAUCUCAUUUACUUAAUGAAUUUCCUGAAAAUAUUCAUUUGCUUCAACUUUUAUCUACCAUUGAUAUGUUUAAUAAUGCGCAGGCAGGAGUUCCGCUCAUGAAACAUGCUGCACAAUUGGAACGAAUUUUAGAGUAUGCUGAAACAUGGGAAUCAAUUUCGGAUAGAGCACAUUCUAUGCGUGAACAAAUGUAUCCCUUACAAGAGUUACUUGUAGAAUGGCGUCGUCGUGAAGUUCAAUGUUGGAACGAAUUAAUUAGUUUUGUUAAGCGAGACACAUCACAACUUGCUGUUUUGGUCAGUUGGCCAAUUUUUAAAUAUGCAUUUGAGUUGGAAUGUGAUAAAAACAAAUUAUUGUUAAUGCUUACUGAGUGGCUUCAAAAUUCAACAUUGGGUGAUUUUGAAACUCGUAUUUGGACUGGUCGACUUCUUUCGCAUUUUAUUUCAUUAUUUGAACAAGAGAAUGAGAAAAUAAGUGCGAAGGAAUAUAAACUUUCUUGUUCCGUUUCAUGCAUUGUUGAUCAUUUUGAGCAGUUUAAUAAUCAAGCUAAAGAACGUUAUGCACAACUUUACAGCCCAAUCGAAACUGAAUUGCGAAAUUUUACUCGUGUUGUUUCUUAUAAUGAUCUGAAUUUAUGGAGUGUCCGUGAGUCAGUAAAGCGUGCGCAUGUUCAAUUAUCUAGGAUUCUUCGUAAAUUUAAGGAAAUGUCCAAUGAAGCACUUUCACCUAUUUUACUCGACAAACUGCCAGGAUUACCACCUCAAGCAUUAAAUCCUUUUCCAAGUUUUCUACCAUUAUAUAAUCAACUAUGUUCUGAUUCAACUCUUUCCCAAAUGCUCGACAAUUUUGAAAUAAGAUUUGAUAAACAAUUACAAAAAUUGAUUGCAUUGGAUGAAUUGUGUAAUAUCAAGGAAUCUGCUGCUGAUUUUCUUCAAUUAGUGAUGAAUAGUGUUUCCUAUCAAAGCAUUGAUAAAUCAAACGACUCUUCAAAUAAUUCUGACGUUGUUGACUCUGCAAAUGUAAAGUUACAUGGGCGGGCUUUAUUCGAACGUCAACAGCACUUUUCUCUUUUAAUUCGUUCUUUGAAUCGUUUUGGUCUCGGUUCAAGGCGUGCACAUAAAAUAGAUUCUGAGAAGCUAACUGUUGAAACACUUACACAAGUGGCUCCGGAUGUCAGGAAUUUACUCUUAGCUGGCGAUACGAUAAACUUAUUGUUUCGGCAUACAAUCGCCUCGAGAAAUGUAUUUAUGCGAAAGUUUGCUUCUUGGCGUCGCUGCUCUCAAGAUACCCCUCAUUUGGCCGAACAACUUUCUCCUUCCAUUUUGGAUAAUUUACGUGGCACUACUGAAUUUGGGUUAUAUUGGAUUUUACGUGCACUUAAUGGACUUGCUACGAAUGGUGCUUUGGAGGUCAAGCGUUUACAUUUAGUUUCUAAAUGUUUUGAGGCAGAGUUAGAGAAUCUAAUGAGACCGAAGGAUAAUUUAUCCACAUUUACCCAUAAACAAAUAACUCAAAAAUAUGCACAGAAUUGUGAUUAUGUUAAAAAUAUUCUUCAAAUUGUUGAUCGGAUUCGAAAGCUUCUUUCUUGUUGUCCAAGAGAACAUUACAAGCAAACUUCUCAUGAUUUAAGAAAUUUACAGGAACCUCUUGGCAUUCUUCGCCAAUCUGAUUUAGAGUUUUCUCAAUUAAAUAAAAAUGUUGAUGACUUGCUCGGCAUUAUAACAAAACUUGACAAACUCAACGAGAAUGAAAAAGAAUUUAUUUUACAUUUGCCUAUUAUUUUUGAAGAAGAGAGCAAUAUUAUAGAGGAAAAUAUUUGGAAUAAAACCCGCUUGUCUACAUAUUCUCAAAAUUUUUCUUUGUUACUCGAAGAUCUUAAAUCUAUCGUUAUGACAAAUAAUAUUCAGCACUAUUUUCCUGAGGAUUCCAGACGGAUUUGUGAAAUUAUUAACAAGAUUUCUUCUUUCAACGAGUGUGAAGAUGUUAUAUCUCAAUCAACUCACAAUCAGUCACAUUUCAAUGAAAAUUCAUUUGAUGAAUUACAACAUUUAAUUUUAUUUCGUCUCCAAAGCAUUUUCAAUCAAAUGGAAUCUUUGCUUAACUCCGAUGGUAUGAAUCGGUUCGAUGCAAUUAAGAGCUUGAUUGAAUAUUUUGGACAAAAUACAUUUAAGGCAAGCAACCAACUUAUCAAAAAUUUUCACAUCAUUUUUCUAUCGUCUCCAAUUCAUUCCGAUACAUCAGUUGAUUUACUUAACAAAUUCUCAAUUCUAGCCAUUGGCGUUCACAAAUUAUAUGAGCGUUUAUUGCAUUAUUUAUGUGAAUUUAUUUUCAAUUCGAUUUCUCUUCACGAACAUUGGGUUGCAAUUGGAUGUCAUUUAUUAACUAAUGGAUUUGUCAAUCCAAUUCCAAAAUCUGGACCAUCGUUACAAGGAGAUGAUAAAAGAGUUGAGAAUAUGUGUGGAUUUGGUGAUGGCGAUUUAACUAAUGAUGCUAAGGAUGUUGGUGGGGAAUUAGAAGCAAUGGAACAGAUUGAAGGACUUAAGAAUGGAACGGAAAAUAAUUUAAAUGAUAAUCAAGAUGUCGAUCAAUCAAAUGAAAACCCUUCUGAUGAACAACAAAAGUUGCCCGAAGUUGAUAAUCCUAUUGAUGUAGAUGACGAUUUUGCUGGGUGCAUUGAGGGAUUAGAUGCGCAAGAUGGCGAAGACGAGGAGAAUGGAGAUGAUAAUAAUUGUGAAGAAGAUCCGAAUGCUGAUUGGAAUUUUGGGGAAGUGGACGAACCAGAAGAAAAACAGUUGGAUCCAAAGCUUUGGGAACGAAAUGAAGGCGACGAAAAUGAACAAGAAAUGGAAGAAGAUGAUAAUGUUGGAAAGGGGGCUGAUUCGUUAACUGAAGAUCUUGUUGCUGCUCAACAUCAGAAACAACAGAAAAGUGAUGAAAAUCAAGAAAAGGGAGCAAAGUCAUCAGACGCUUAUCAAAGUGAGGAUGAAAAUGUUGAUGAUUAUGACGCUACUGAACCGGACGAGAAAGGAGAACGUAGAGAUGAAAACGAGAACAAUGCUUCUGAUGCAGAACAAUCUGCUGAUAAAGAUGUUGAGGAUCUUGAGUUAACACAUGAGAAUGACGAUACUGAAGAAAAAGAUGACAAUGAAAAAAGAAAUGGUGAAGAAUAUUUAAGUGAAGAUGAAGAUAAUCAAAAACAAAAUGAAAAACAAGAAGAUAAAAAUGGAGAGGGGAAUUCAGGUGAAAUGGAAAAAGAGAAAGAUGAAGAUUCAAAUGAUGAAUAUCAAAACAAUGAAGCAUUUAAUAAUGAAUUUGAGCCAGACGCAAUUGGUGAUACUGAAGGUACUCCAAACGCUGCUCGCCCCUCUGAAAUAAUUGACAAAGAACAAGAGGUAAAGAAUGAUGCCAGAACGCAGGGAGAAGAUAAAAAUUCAAAUGAUAAAAACGCAGAUGGUGAACAAAAUCAGAGAGAUUCCGCUGCUAGAAAUUCGACAAAAUCAGCACAACUGGAGACGGAUUCCCGGCAAAAUGAGGAAUUGAAUGAAGUUGAGCCAAGCAAGGAUAAUUGUACUAGUGGAAAUGAAAGAGGAGGUGAUAAUUCUGUUGAUGAAGAAAUGGAAGAAAAUGCUUUUGAUGAAGUUGAACAAGAAAAGUUAUCUGUUACCGGAACCUCAACACUUGAACAAGCAAAUCGAACUCGUGCAUUAUUUGACAUUUCUUUACGUCGUUUGCGUAAGGAGGUAAAAACAAAUGAAUUGGCAGAGAAUGCUUCUGACAGACAAAAUUUAAAUAAAGAAAAACAGAAUGAUGAGGCAGACGAUGAAAUUGAAAUGGAUAAUGAAGACAAUGCAUCUAUUGAAAUUAUUGAUGAUUCUUUUGCAAAGGAGGCACGAAAUGUUUUUCUUAACAUCACCGGGAGACAAAAUUUCAAUUUUGGAAUAAAUUCAAAUGAACUCAUUUCAAUGGACAAUUUAUGUAAAGAAUUCGAUAGGCUAGAACGAGAAACUCCGACUACUAGUAACGAUGAGGAUAUUCGACAACUUCAAUUGAAAUGGGCUCUUAUUUCUGAAAGUGUUACUUCUUUGGCUUCUGAAUUGGCUGAGUCUUUACGUUCAAUUAUUGAACCAACUGUUGCUAGCAAACUUCAAGGUGAUUAUAGAACAGGCAAAAGAUUGAAUAUGCGCAGAUUGAUAGCCUAUAUUGCUAGUGAUUAUCGAAAGGAUCAGAUAUGGAUGAGAAGAACAAAAUGUGCUAAAAGGAACUAUCAAGUCUGUAUUGCUAUUGACAAUUCUCAAAGUAUGAAGCACAAUCAUUUUACUGAGAUUACUUGCAAUGCUCUAUGUUUAAUUGAACGAGCACUCAGACAACUUGAAAUUGGUCAAUUAGCCAUAUGCUCUUUUGGUUCAAAUGUACACAUGCUUUCUGAUUUUUCAUCUGGCGAAGACUCUUCUCUUGGAUUACAGAUUCUUCAAACAUUUAAAUUUGAUCAACAAAGAACUGACAUUUCCCAAUUGCUUGAAUCCUCUAUAGCACUUUUUAAAAGCGGGAGAGAAUGUUCCAUACAAAUACCUGAACAAAUGCUUAUUAUUUUGGGUGAUGGAAGAGAUGUGCUUGCUAAUGGUAUUGCUGAUAUUAAAAAACAUUUGGAGUAUCUUGAACAUGACAGAGUUACUGUUCUCUUUCUAAUAAUGGACACAGCUGAACAAUCUAUAACAGAAGUGCGUAUAGCCGAUUUUGUUGAUGGAGGAUGCUCUUUCAGACCCUAUAUGGAAUGCUUUCCUUUUCCUCUUUACGCACUAGUGAGAAGUGCUAAUUCAUUACCAAGUACAAUUGCUGAAGCAAUUCAUCAGUGGUUUGAAUAUACAAGAAAUGAGUAA